CUGAUGAUGCAACUGGCCUGUACUAACCGGCCUGCACCAACUGGCCUGCAUCAGACAGUUAUGAAGGUCUGACAAGAAAAGGGCAAAAAACGAUUUGACGGAUACUCCUGACACGGUGACACGGUGACACGGUGGGGGACAUGACGUUGCGGCCGAGCAUCGGUACCGGUUGGACCCUCCCCCGCGCAAUGCCCCUCCUUAGGCGUGGCCUGGCUUCACAAUGACUGCACAGGUCAUCAACAUGAGCUCCAAGCCGAAGGUUUUAUUGACCGGCGGGUCCGGCUUCAUCGCGGCCCACAUCCUGGAACGGCUGCUGGAGAAGGGUUACAGGGUCGUCACCACCGUCCGCAGCCAGGACAAGGCCGACAAGAUCCGCGCCGCCUACCCCAAGGCCGAGCUGGAAAUUGCCAUUGUCCCCGACAUUGCCCAGCCCGACGCCUUUGACGACGUCGUCCAGACCCCCGGCAUCGAGCUUGUCUUGCACACGGCGUCGCCGUUCCACUUCAACAUCCAGAGCGCCAAGGAGCUCAUCGACCCGGCCGUGGUGGGCACGACGUCGAUCCUCAAGGCCAUCGCGCGGUCGGCCCCGGCCGUGAGGCGCGUCGUCGUCACCUCGUCCUUUGCCGCCAUCGUGGACCCGGCGCGGGUCUGGGACCCGGCCACGACGUUUGACGAGUCGUCGUGGAACCCCGUGACGCUGGCCGAGGCCGAGGCCGACAAGGCCACGUCGUACCGCGCCUCCAAGAAGCUGGCCGAGCAGGCCGCGUGGGAGUUUGUGCGCGACCCGGCCAACGCCGCAAAGUUCGACCUGGCCACCAUCAACCCGCCCAUGGUGUUCGGCCCCGUGGUGCCGCACUUUGUGAGCCGCGACUCGGUCAACACGAGCAACGCGCGCGUCGUGGACCUGCUGCAGGGCAAGUGGCGGGCCGACGGUCCCCCUGAAACUGGCCUUGCUUUUAUCUGGAUCGAUGUGAGAGACCUUGCGGCCUGCCACCUGCGCGCGCUUGAGGCGCCCGAGGCCGGCGGCAAGCGGCUGUUCACCACGGCCGGCACCUUUUGCAACAGGGAGAUCUGCGACGUGGUCAGGAAGCACUUUGGGGACGAGUACGCCGACAAGCUGCCGUCGCCCGACAUCAAGGGCGGCGAGAUCGCGCCCGAGGACACGAGGUACAAGUUCGACAACUCGGAGACCAACAGGAUCCUGGGUGUCCAGUACAGAACACUCGAACAGUGUAUGAUUGAUACCGUCAAGGAGUUCAAGACGGUGGGCCUAUAAGUAAACUGAAGGGACCUGACCUGGUUGGUGUCAAGUGGUAUAUGUCCAAUAAAAUCCGGUCGUAAAAGUAGGUGGGCGUCGGAAAAUCAUGGGCAGACGUCCAUGAGAACGGC